AAUCACCACUUCACAUCUGUAAGCAGAGCGCUGGCCUAACUCUGCAGCUUAAGCAGGGGUCAGAACAUCUGAAGCAAUCUGCUGAUAUUCUGAAAAUCCAUUCCUCGCUGCAGAAGAAUUAACAGGAUGCUGUCCAAUGAAUCCCUACAUUCUCCUGCUUUCAACCGCUCCAACUCACAGGCCUCCGUAGACAGCGCCUCCAUGGAGGACUUCUGGAGGGAAACAGAAAGUAUGAAAGAGAACAGCAUGGGAGGGCAGGAAGAGCAGGCGCCAGCUGAGGUCAAGCCUGUGGAUGAAGGAGAACUUGAAGCAGAGUGGUUGCAAGAUGUGGGUUUAUCAACCCUGAUCUCAGGUGAUGAAGAGGAGGAUGGCAAAGCCUUGCUCUCCACAUUGACUCGAACCCAGGCAGCUGCGGUGAAAAAGAGAUAUAAUACUUACACUCAAACCAUGAGAAAAAAGAACAAGCAGUCUGUCAGGGAUGUCAGAGACAUCUUUGGAGUCAGCGAAUCUCCUCCAGGUGAUACCUGUGACAAUCAUACUACUCAGGAAGAAAAAGAGCUGCCUGUAGUUACCAAAACAAGUGGUUCUUCGCCGGGUGAUGCUUCUCUCAGCAGUCCUGCCUUGUCAGAUGGGUCCCAGGAUGAAGGAGGGAAGUUUGCACUUCCCCGGAGUGGCUCUGUGUCUAUCCUUGAGACUAUUCCAGAUGUGCCAGUUCAUUCCAAUGGGUCGGCAGCCCCUGGGCAGCCCGUUCAGAAUUCAGUGAGUGAUGAUGAUUAUCUGGAAAGGAACAUUCCACCAGAAGCUGAAGAGCUGUCCUUUGAAGUAUCUUACUCAGAAAUGGUUACAGAAGCUCCAAAAAGAAAUAAAUUCAAGAAGUCAGAUUUUAAGAAAGAAGACUAUGUUUUUACUAAAUUUAUUGUGCAGAAAACCAGAUUUGGCUUAACUGAAGCAGGAGAUCUGUCUGCUGAAGACAUGAAGAAAAUCCGCCACCUCUCUCUGAUUGAAUUGACGGCCUUUUUUGAUGCCUUUGGAAUUCCACUGAAGAGAAACAAAACAGAGAAAGUAAAAGGAAGAGACAAUGGGAUUUUUGGAGUUCCACUUACGGUCCUGUUGGACAAUGACCGAAAGAAGGACCCUGGAGUGAAAGUGCCCCUUGUGUUACAAAAAUUUUUUGAGAAGGUGGAGGAAUCGGGUUUGGAAUCUGAAGGAAUUUUUCGACUUUCAGGAUGUACAGCCAAAGUCAAGCAAUACCGUGAAGAACUGGAUACCAAGUUUAACACUGACAAAUUUAAAUGGGACAAAAUGUGCCAUAGAGAAGCUGCAGUGAUGUUGAAAGCCUUUUUCAGAGAAUUACCCACUUCUCUCUUCCCUGUGGAAUAUAUACCUGCCUUCAUCACUCUGAUGGAAAGAGGGCCUCACAUCAAAGUACAGUUUCAAGCCUUACACCUCAUGGUCAUGGCACUGCCUGAUGCCAACAGGGACACAGCUCAGGCCCUCAUGACAUUCUUCAAUAAAGUGAUUGCCAAUGAAUCAAAGAACCGAAUGAGUAUAUGGAACAUUUCUACUGUGAUGGCACCGAACCUUUUCUUCAGUAGAAGCAAACAUUCUGAUUAUGAAGAAUUACGGUUAGCAAACACUGCAGCCCACAUCAUCCGCCUCAUGCUCAACUACCAGAAAAUUCUGUGGAAGGUCCCAUGUUUCUUAAUCAGUCAAGUCAGAAGGAUGAAUGAAGCCACGAUGUUGUUAAAGAAGCAGCUGCCAAGUGUCAGGAAGUUGCUCAGGAGGAAGACCAUAGAGCGGGAGGUAACAAGCCCCAAGACUUCAAAGGUACUACAAAAAUCACCCUCUUUAAGAAGAAUGUCUGAUGUGCCAGAAGGAGUCAUAAGGGUCCAUGCUCCACGUCUCUCGAAGGUGUCCAUGGCCAUUCAACUAAAUAGUCAAACCAAAGCCAAAGACAUACUCGCAAAAUUUCAAUAUGAGAACAGUCACGGUUCUUCAGAAUGCAUUAAAAUUCAGAACCAAAGACUAUAUGAAAUCGGAGGAAAUAUAGGACAGCAUUGCUUGGAUCCAGAUGCUUACAUAUUGGAUGUAUAUCAUGUAAAUCCUCAAGCAGAAUGGGUGAUUAAACCCCAGUCGAGUUUUUGAAAUACCCUCAAGAUGGCAGCUAUUAUGUAUUAUAUGCCAGGAAAAUUCUACGUUAAGUAGGGGGGAAAAGACUGCUUUUGACAUGUUUGUUCCUAUAACCCUCUUGGUAUUUCUCGGCCGAAGUGGUGUCUCCUGGCAUUGUCAACAUGAACUGUGUAAGAGGAUAUGGUCAACCACUUGAGCUAAAGCUUUCUCAUGACGGUUCCUUGAUAAGAGUGAAGGAAAGAGGUUGUGAUCCCUCCUGAAGAAAGGCCAGCCUAGAAUGGGAAUUCUAAUUCUUUCUAGUACUUUGACUUCAGCAGAAAUAAACUUGGUCCUGUACCUAGGGACAGGAAACACUUCUUCAUGGAGCAAAUGCUACCAAACACAAGAGGUGGAAUAAGACUUUUAUACUUACGUUAUAUACAUAUAUUGACCUUUUUGAGCAAGAAUGCCAGAAAUAUCAGUAACUUUCACUCUAUAAAAUAAUUCAGAUCUACUUUCCAACGGGAAUCAGUUUCUGAAGUUACACGUACAAUAUUUAUGCUCUGACUUACUCCAGAAUUGGAGAAGGGGGAAUUUCUGUUUAAAGAUACCGUAUUGUUAUGUAUGUUGUACUGUAUCAUGACAAUCAGCAUUCUGGUGCAAAUGAACAUUUCUUUUUCUUGGGAUGGUGAAAAUUGAUAUUUUUCAAACUAGUUCCCUUAUGGGUACAGGGCCCUUGAGGCAAGCUUAGUUUGACAAAGGGUACUCUUAUGUUUUCAUAACCUUCCAUGUAGUCAAAAGUCACAGAGCCUCUCUUUUUCACAUCAUGAUUAUGGUGCUCAACGAAUAGCUUUCCAUGUGCCAGGCAUUGAUUUCCUUUUCUGACCAAACAUAUCAUUUUUUAUAUUUUACAACUGUAGAUAGUCAUUUUUGCAGCCCCAGUUUAAAAAUACAGAACUGCCUUUAUCCAAGAGUGCUGAAAAAUACUGUUACUUUCAGAUUUUAUAUGCUGUAAAAGCAGGUUUUGUUUCUGUUCAUCAAUCAUAGUCAUGGCCAAGAACUGUGGAUUAGCAUCAGCCUUUAAAAUCUGAUGCAUAUUUUGUAAGCAGAAAACUGUAUCUCUAUCAAGAUCCUGUGGAGCCAAUUUUCCAGACCUGCAAUUCUACAGUUGAUAAGAACACACAGUCCCCCAUGAUUCUAAUUGAAAGCAAAUCUAAAAUAUGCGGGAGGGGAGGAGAGGAGGUCAGACAGCUCUGCCUUUCAUCUUGAGAAUGCAGAUACAGCCCUUGUAGAGUUAGCUAGAAAUGAGGCAGAGGUCUCAUUUAUCCCACAUGCUUUGGAUUAAAUCCACAGAUUGAUAUUUUGAUGACUUUGUAUCAGUUUUAAUGAGAUUUAAACACUCAAAUGAUUCUCUCUUGCAGUUCAAACAAGAGACAAAGUUGCUCACAAUUGCAGAAAACAUUAUCUGCUUACCAAGCCUUUAAACAUAAUGUGAUAAUAAUUUAAGCCCAUAUAUACAAGAGAAUGUUUAUAUGCUGCAUUAUGCCUUGAUGUUUAUAAAAACAUUACUUAUAUUCAACAUGUAGAUAAUUCCAUUUCUGGUCAUUAAGAUUUUGUUAUAUUUUUGUAGAAAACUCAAAUAUCUAUUCAUUUUAUUUGUUUGAGAAUUUUCAUUUCCUUUUCCUGAAAACCCAUUAGAAAACAAACAUGUUCUGUAAGUUUAUGCUUACAUUUCAUUAGUUUUCAAUAUGUGGGUAAUUGAUGGCGUAUGAGUUUACAUAAUGAAUUUCAAGAGUUUGAAAAAAUGCUUUUAUCAUUUUUGCAUUUCAAGCAGCAGGAGCAAACAUUUCACUUUAUGUAGUUGCUAAGUUCCAAGACAUAAGAUGGCAGUAAUAUAUGCCUACCCACAUGGAAGGAAUUCUUCAAAUUAGCUACCUUACACUUCUGUAUAUAUGAAAAUAAGGAUUGGUUAAUCCCAUUGUAUUUCUUAUCAUUUAGAAUAAAUUCUGUUGUUUAUAUAGAAAAUUCAUGAAUCUACUCAUUUAAUUUUUUAUUAGGAAUUUUCAUUUCUUUUGACUGAAAACAUAUCAGAACCUAUAAUAAGCUCUAAAGAUUUCAAGAUUUACUUAACUUGUGAUCAGUUUUAAAUAAAUGGCUAACGGAUGACAGGUAAAAACAGUAAGUUUCUGAAUUCCUUAGACACUUGUGUGUGUUUUCAUAGGUUAAAGACUUAACUGAGUCAGUGACUUUAAUCACUUUAAUGUAUUUAAGGAUGUGUGACAACUUUCUAAUAACUGUAUAAUAUGGAAGGCCAUGCCAAUACCAGUAUCAUUAUCCAAUGAUACCUUUUAUUCUCAGUCACAGGGUUAACUGAUUAGAGAAGAACUUUCAGUAGAUACACAGACAAAUUUUUAUGUGGAUAAAGAGGUUCUUUUUACUAACUUUAUCCUUAAAGAAUAAACAAACCCUUGCAAUUAAAAUUCAAAAAUGCCUGCCACGUAUCUUUGCAUUAUCAAGAGUUGUUUUAAAAUACUUAUAACCUGUAAAAGUGAAUAGUAUAUUUGGAAACAAAAGCAGAGUCAGAUAUUGGGCCUGUAAAUUCUGUUUUUAAUAGCUUCCACCUUGCCCCUAAUGCCCUUGGUGUACUGUUAGGAAAAUAAUAUCCAGGAAAAUACUAGAGAAAAUUAACAUUUUAGGAACACUCGUUUAAAAAAAAAAAAAAAAAGGCCUAGAACUGGCUAAUUUUUUCCUUUAUUUUGCAAAAGAGAAUCCUUUUGUUAAGCCACUCACUGGGGGAUAUAAUUCUUGGAGUGAAUGAUCUUUGAACAAACUGGAAUGUUAAUUUCUUUAUAACAUACACACAGUAUAAACUACCUCACUUGCCUUUCUUGGGAAAAAAAAUUAAUGGACUUUAACAAUUUUUGUUACAAACUGUCCCUGAGUCUUAUUGUCACUUCAGUUAGUUUCAGUGUACAUUUAAUAAUAUACAUUUAAUGAUGUAAAAUAUUUUUAGCAAAAGCUUUAAAGCCAAAACACUCUGAAACUGUGAUCUGUGGUAUGCUCUGAGAGACUGCGUGUCCCUUAGUUACUGUCUUGUGUGUUUAACCUUAUUGAGAUGCAGGUUUUCAAGUGUAGGGAUUAAUAUUCAUCUCUUCUUGCAGGCAUUUUUCACCUGCUUUUCCUCUAUUGCACGUGACUGAAAAGUAAGAUGAGAUUAACAUGACCCUUCUAUCAAACAUAUUUCAGCUGUUUUUCACAAAUGCAUCACACACCCGAAAAGACUAUACAUUAUGGGGUUGAAUAGUUCGUAUUUCUGACAGGCAUUUUCAAUUCUUUUCCAUAAAUAUGCCACUUAAUGAAAAAGUUAUAUGACAUGGAUUAAAAUGUUUCUUUCAAGCAUUUUCAAUAGUUUUACAUACACACACCGUAACUUAAAAAUAACACAUGUUCCUUCAGGCAUUUUUCAGCUAUUUUUCUAAAACUGAUUUGGUUGAAAAAUUGUAUCAUAUCACAAGGAAUGCCAGUGUUUUAUGUUGCCUCCCAUCUUAAAAAUUAAUAAUGAUCCUUUUGUCCCACCAGCUUUUAUUGUUCAGUAUAAUAUGUAUGUUGCAUUUUAUUCAUGAAAAUAAAAAU